UGUCAACUUCAGUUCAGCGUGCCGCUGUCAAAGUUCUUUUCCGUUUCCUCUUUAACGAAGCGCAGUCAAGAUGAAAGCAAAAGGAUUGCUGAAGGAAUAUCAAGUGAUCGGGCGUAAGCUGCCCUCGGAUAAGGAGAGGAACCCUCCUCUAUUCAAGAUGCACAUCUUCGCUCCGGAUCACAUCGUAGCCAAGUCGCGCUUCUGGUACUUCCUGCGCCAGCUGCGUAAGUUCAAGAAGGCCACCGGUGAGAUCGUCUCGGUGAAGCGCAUCCUGGAAAAGACGCCGCUGAAGGUGAAGAACUUCGGCAUCUGGUUGCGCUACGAUUCUCGCUCCGGUACCCACAACAUGUACCGUGAGUACCGUGACCUGACCGUCGGCGGUGCCGUCACGCAGUGCUACAGUGACAUGGCUUCUCGCCAUCGUGCCCGUGCCCAUUCGAUCCAGAUCAUCAAGGUGGAAGCUAUCCCCGCGUCCAAGGUGCGCCGUGUGCACAUCAAGCAGUUCCUUGAUUCGAAGAUCCGAUUCCCGCUGGUGCAGCGAUACCACCACAAGCGCUACCGAAAGCUGUUCUCCUACCGCCGCCCGGCCGACUACUACCUGUAAGCAGCGAUCCGACCAAUCGGACCGCUCUUGCCUCACCGCCGCCCCAUCAUUACCGUCAGCGUUUGGUCGACGACUGUGCGUCGUGUAUCACCUUUUAUUUGGUGCUUUUCGGAUAUUGUGCUUGCGCUUUUGUCUUGUGGUGGCGGUGGUGUAGUCGGUGUAUUCUGGUAUCACCAGCAUCAUGGUCUGGGGCUUCAGUUAACGCGAUGUGUGCAUCAGGGAGGAAACUGAAUCCUUUUUGUUGUUGCAUCGUACUGAAAAGCAAGAAAUUUCAACGCAUUUGCCCGUUCCAACAUCAACUAGGGCUAUGUUAAUGUGGAGAAGAAAGUGAAUAAAAAAAUGGUGAAAAUACCUUA